CCAGUCCCCAUUUCUCCUGACAGUUGUGCUCCAUCGCUGCUGUAAGGUUCAGUGUAUACACAGCUGUGUGCGCUGCUCUCCUGCACUGUAUGGUACACACAUAAUAGGCACACAUGGAAGUUUCCUGGCAAUGAAAACGGGGCAUUGACUGACGAUAUGUGGCCAGCAGCAGGAUUUCACCUUGUUCUGACUUCAGUUCUCUGUACAGCCAGCCUGCAGCUUGUCUCAUAACAAGUGAUAAGCAAUGUGAUGGCAGUGAUGUGCCGUUUGCCGGUGAGCAGCACCCUCCUGUGGGCCAGGUGAUGCAAGAAACGACGGAUUUCUUCAGGUUUGGUGCUACUUGCACUUUACAAUAUGUGUACUUACAGCACGUGGUAUUACAGAUUUAGCCUUACAAAAUAGCUGCAAUGUAUUUCAGUGUUGACAUAACAGGUUAUAUGACUUGGUCAGGUCAUGGCCAGUCAGUCAGAGCAGAAAUUAGAGCAGCUCUGGGUGCAGUUCUGGGCAGUUACUGUGAGCAUUAUCAUGUCCUUGAGUUCUGCAAAAGCUUUUCUUAAUCCAGCACUGCUCAGCUCUUACUUGAGGAUGCCUUUUACCUUAGGAAACCUCAGAGCACAUGGUAUUAUUUUUGUGUUGAUGCCAAAAGAGCCGUAGGAGCACUCAAUUAUGGGGAAUGCCAGCAAGAGCUUUCUGCUUUCUUGAAAAGCAUGGGACAGCCACUGCCUUCAGCUGAAUGAGUGAUUCAUGCUGAUACAGAGCUAAGGGGCAAUCAGCAGCACCUUUAUCUGUGCUCAAGGCCCUAUCUUACCUGUGAACAACUAAUUCUCACCAAACAUAUUCCUGCACUAGAGGAGACCCCCCAGCCCUGUCUCCUGGGUCACAGGCUGGUGGAAGCUGAUUGGGAAAGGUGCAUCAGGGAUCCAGUCCAUGCAGAGCCCUGCCAGUGCCUGGUAAGCAGCAGGCUAGAAACUUCCUGAGCACUUACACCUUUGUCACAGCUUUUGCAGCACUUCUUCACGAGGCUUCCUUCACAUUUCCUUUACUAUCAUCUUGACUCCCACCACACCCUGUGGCAGCCUGCCUCACUGCUUUGUUGUGUGGAAAAGUUUCUCCUUCAGUUUGAAAUCUAAUAGGAGAUCCAGUCUUGUAUAGCAGGUAGUUGGAGAUGUGCUGCAGUUCCUGGGCUUCUUGCCCAUCUGCAGGAACAUCUUUCUGUCCUGUGGUGUUGAGAUGUACCCUCCAUAGCUUGUCUGUCCACUGCCUUGGUGUGCCAUGAGCUGGUGCAUGCUGCUGGGAGAGCUCAGGAGCCCGCGCAGCUCUGCCUGACACAGAGCCUGCCAUGCUGCAGUGGGGCAAGUUGUACCUACAGGUAGGGUGACCCUGUGAGCCAGCCAACAGCUACAGGGGGAAGCAGCAUCCCGCCGACACGGCCUUGGUGCCAUGGGGUCUCGUGAGCAGCACACACGGGUCGAGCCUGAACUGAUGCCAAAUGACCUGGGCUGAAUGCCAGUUCAGUAUGAAAUAAAGAUGUGCCUCCCUGACUUUAUUUCACUGCAUUCAUCUGUAAUCUAUUUAAUCUGCUUACAGAGCCAUUAUAGCAUUUGCAAUUACCAACUUGAUCAUUUGGAAAAGGGUCAUAAGCACUGGACAUUCGUCAUGCAGAGAAAAACAUGAAAACAGCAUGAAGUGCCACAGAAGUUAGCAGGGAAUUAUUUUUACCCUCCUUAUAUAAAUUGGGAGUGCUCCUCAAAUGCUUACUGUGAUGUGCUUGGAAAUGUUUCUUUUCUCCAUCUUCUAGGAGUGGGCAUCAGUGCUGGAGGAAGGGCUUGUAGCAGGAUGUUAGCAGAGUGGACCGCUGUGUACCGUCCUCAGUGGCUGCACAGUUGAUGGGUAUGUGACCUCUGCAGCCACAUUCUUUUAGAUCUGCUACCUCUGCACUUAGUUGCUUUGCAAGGACAUAUGGUCCAUCUCACAGCUUUCAAAAUAGACUAAAAAACAUGCCUUGCAUGUCUGUCUGCACGGUUAAUUGCUGGGAGUGAGCUGUAGCUUAAAUAGUUGCUCUUUAUCAUGUUUAUUUGUAGAUUCCCUGGUCCCUCUCAAACUCUGGAGUGCUGUGACUGCAUUACCAUGUGCAGUCACAGGGUGAAUGACAUUUUUUGCCUCAUAGUAUUUGUGUCUGGAGAGAACUUCGUCUUCGCAUUGCAUGCUCUGCUGUGAUCCCUGUGUGUUAGCAUAAACUUCCUUGCAAAGUAGUGGGAAGCUGCAAAAGCUGUUCUAUUUUCUGGGAAGUCCUGGUGCGCUGCUUCCACGUUCUCUGUUGUUAUCUCUUGCAGAAAUGUGAAUAAUUGCUUCCCAAGAAACCAUCCAAGAGGUUCUGUUCAGCUUUUUUGCCUUUGGAUGCUUCUGUGGCAUUUUGCUCUGUCUCAGCAGUGGGACCAAUUCUGGGCUUAUCUCCUUUUCCUUCUAUUUCCCUUAAGAAAGAAGAUGAUUUGCAAAUGUAUAUGUAUUGACAUUUCAUUUCCAAGUGGAACUGAUCCAGCAGCCAUCUGAAAAGACUGUCAAGUCCCAUAUCUGAAGGGAAAGACAAGCAUCUCUCUUAGAUACCUGGCACCAUUACCUGGCUCGCUUGCCUUGUUUUUCUGUAAAGCUGCGUGUGAUAAGUAACUGUGGAGCAGAGGGGUGCAGCCGUGUACUAAGCCAGGCUGGCCCAUUUAUGGAGCCAAGACAUGUGUGCUGCUAUUCGACAGGCUUCCAGAAGCCAAACAGUUGUCAAUGUAUUUACAAGCCUUAAGGCAAAUCAAAAAUCCUUGUGCAGUGCAGUUAGCUCUGUUCUAAAGGAAAUGAGAGAUGCCAGCUCAUCCUGCUAAACAGAAUUGGUGCAUGGACACAGUGGCGAGACUUGAAUUUGCAGCACUUACCCACUGCAAAGUGCCUGGGUAACAAUCUCAGACACAAUUUCAUGGGUUUUUUCUGCUUUAGGAUAGGAAAGACAACAGCCCACUACUGCAUUUUCCAUGUAUCUGGAACUUGGACUUGUGCUGCUCUCUUGCUAGCCUGCUGCAAUGGCUGUUGCAUAGAUGGAUGCUACAUUCCUCAUAUACUAUGCCGUAAGUGCAAACUUGGGAUUUCAUGCUUUCUGCUUGUCUUGAAAACAGAGGGUGCCAUGCUGCUGGCAGGCAACAUACUGCCUACAGUUGCAUGGUUCAGGCUGAUACCAUCUGCCCAACCCAGCCUUGCCCAGAAUGGAGCUAAACAGUUAAGUGAGUUUAUAGUGGCAAUAAAGAACGGCUCUUCAAGAUGAGUUUGAAAACAAACAGUUUCAGGAGUUAGCUGUAGUGACCUUGCAUUUGGAGCAGUGCAGCCUCACUCGGUUCAAGGUCACAUGAAGUUCUGUUGUGGGUUUCUUUUUUAAGCUGUCUUACACACAUUUUCUAGAUCAAAGGUGAAGUGUUUGCAGUUCCUGCCCUUGCCUCACCUCAUGCAGUAGAAGUGGUUUCAGAGAUGUACACAGUGCUCAGUGUCACUAUGUUCUUACACCCCUUCUGCUAGGAUGGAGAACAUAAAAUGACCUCCGAGCCACAGCCUGAACUUCCAUCACGGAGAGGACUGCGCAGAACCUGCCCUAGCAUGAAGGUUUGCUGUUUUGAAGAGUUUGGUACCGAGAACCUCUGCAGAACAGAAAUGCAUGGGGAAGCCAGCUGGGACAAGGAGCUUGAGAAUGUAAUUGCAGUGAAACUCUCCUGGUGCAAUGGAGGACACGUCAAGACAGAAGUCAGCACAGAGCAAAGACACACUGUGCUCCCCAGUGCCAGAAGAGCCUCCUUCAAACUUUAUACAUGUCAAACUGGAGGAGUAUGAGCCUGCAGACUUCAGCACCAAGGAACUCAUUCUAAAGAAUGCCAGAGAGGUCUGCACAUGCACUCAUCAAACCAUCAUCACCUUCUUCUGUCGGCUGUUCCCAGUGCUGGACUGGCUUCCCUGUUACAAUGUCAAGACACAGUUGCUUGGGGAUGUCAUAUCUGGGCUCCUGGUGGGGAUAGUCGCCAUCCCUCAGUCCAUCUCCUACUCCCUCUUAGCCAACCAGGAUCCCAUCUACGGAAUCUACACCAACUUCUUCUGCAACAUCAUCUAUGUUGUUAUGGCCACUUCACGCCAUAACUCUGUGGGCUCCUUCGGCGUCCUGUGCCUGAUGAUUGGGCAGUCUGUGACCCGGCACCUCCAGCUAGCAGGGUACAGUGAUGACAGCGCUGGCUCUUUGCUGCUGGGCAACUCCACCUCCUCCAGUAACGGGACGAGUGCCUGUGACAGGAGCUGCUAUGCAAUCACUGUGGCUCUUUCUUUGAGCUUUCUGGUUGGUCUUUACCAGAUCCUGCUGGGGGUUUUACAGCUGGGCUUUGUGUCUGUCUACCUGUCAGAACCUCUCCUCAGUGGCUUUGUGACCGGCUCCAGCCUCACCAUUAUCACCUCACAGAUGAAGUAUCUCCUGGGACUGAAAAUCCCUCGUCAUGAAGGGGUAGGGUCCUUCAUCCUCACAUGGAUUGACCUUUUCAGAUACAUCCAGAACACCAACAUCUGUGACCUGGUUACCAGCUUGGUUGCUUUGGCCAUCAUAGUGCCUGUCAAAGAAAUCAAUGACCGGUAUAAGGAGAAGAUGAAGGCUCCGUUCCCCGUAGAGCUGCUGGUGGUCAUUGUAGCCACAGUAAUAUCUUACUACUUUAACUUUGAAGAGCGAUACAAGUCUGAUGUUUGUGGGGAUAUCCCCACUGGUUUCAGGAAACCCACUCUACCAGAUAUAAACCUGUUUUCCAGCCUGGCAGUUGAUGCUGUGCCCAUUGCUGUUAUUGGCUUUGCUAUGACCGUCUCCCUGGCAGAAAUCUUUGGCAAAAAGCAUGGCUACCCUGUCCGUGCGAACCAAGAGAUGAUUGCCAUUGGCAUGUGCAACCUCAUCCCUUCUUUCUUCUACUGCUUUGCCAGCUCUGCAGCCCUGACCAAGACUUUGCUGAAGGAGUCCACGGGGACACAGACCCAGGUCUCUGGCCUGGUCACCUCUCUGGUGCUGCUGCUAGUGCUGCUGUGGAUUGCCCCGCUCUUCUACUCACUGCAGACCUCCAUCCUGGGGGUGGUCACCAUUGUCAACCUGCGGGGGGGCCUGAGCAAGUUCUGUGACAUCCCCCGCAUGUGGCAGCUCAGCAAGCUGGACACGGUGGUGUGGUGGACAACCAUGCUGUGCUCCACGCUGAUCACCACAGAGAUUGGGCUCCUCGUGGGUGUCUGCUUCGCUCUGCUCUGUGUCAUCUUCCGCACGCAGAGGCCCCGAGCCACGCUGCUGGGCAAGGUCAGCAGCACGGAAAUCUAUGAGGACCAGUCCACAUACAAGCAGCUCAGCAGCAUUGCCAACAUCAAAAUCUUCCGCUUCGAGUCAUCUCUCUACUAUGCCAACAAGGACUAUUUCAAGACUGUUCUCUAUGAGAAAACAGGGGUAAAUCCUGGCCUGCUGACUGCUAAGCACCAAAAGGUGGAGGCCCAGGCAAAUGCAGACCCAGGCAAGAGAAAGAGCUUUUUCGGCACCAGGUUUGUCUGCCUGAAGCAAGCCAAGAAAAGGUCUGGGAAGCCUCCAGAGGAUGCCUGUCCUCCCUCCCUAGACAUGCACACCCUCAUCCUUGACUGUGGGGCAAUGCAGUUCAUAGACACCGUGGGUCUCUCAGUGCUAAAGGAGACACGUCAUGACUAUAAGGAGGUUGGUGUUCAGGUACUCCUGGCCAACUGCAACCCUUCCCUCCGCCACCGGCUCCGGGAGGGAGGCUGGGCUGGCGAGGCAGACAGUGGUGGGCAGCUGGCUUUCCACAGCAUCCACGAUGCCGUGCUGUUUGCUGAACGGUGGUACCGUGUCCAGCAGGAAGAGAGCAAGGACAAGGAUGCUCUCCAGGAUGCUGAAGACCUGAACUUCCAGGUGUCUUUAUAAAGCUGUGUGUAAGGACUGUUGCCUAAUGGG